AUGCAAAGUUUACGAAAACGAGACUAUCCUCAAUUCCUGUUUACUACCGCUUCAUUAUCUCUUAACGUUCAUCUGACCAUCUUACGAAUCUGCCUGUCCUCUAGAAUCCCGAUGUACGAUGCCUGGAUUACAGCUCUGCAUGAUGCUAGUAAUGACCGUACCGUUAAAAUCGUUGCAGUAACUGGUGCGGGUGAUUACUUCUCCAGCGGUAAUGAUUUAUCGAACUUUACAAUGACCAAAUCCCCUCUGGAAAUGGCCGAAGAGGCAAAAUCUCUCUUACUACGUUUCGUUGCAGCCUUCAUUGAUUUUCCAAAGCCUCUCGUUGCUCUGGUCAAUGGACCUGCUGUCGGAAUUUCUGUGACAACUCUCGGGCUUUAUGACUACAUUUUUGCAGCUGACAAUGCUACAUUUCAUACUCCCUUCACGAGCUUAGGCCAAACUCCUGAAGGUUGCUCCUCAUAUACGUUUCCAAAAGUUAUGGGACAAAUAAAAGUGAGUUAUAAUUUUAUCCUGCCUAUGGCUUUCCUUAAGAUAUUAUUGGUGUAG